CAGCCUCGGAGAGGACUCCCAAUGGCCCCGCGCUUCAAACUUGGCUUUGGCUUUGGCUUGUCCGUCAGGCCGGCACCUGGCUCCAUACCCAUUGUGGUUUCGUGGUUUACGCCUUCGAUUGUGGGAGGGGAUCCAUGAAUUCAACACCGCACUGUGUCGCAGCGCUGUGAAGCGAUUCGAUAUCACCCGAAUUUCGACUUAGAUUGACUUUGCAGCCAGACUUGGAGCGUUUUUUUCCCAGAGAUUGGAGUGUGUGUGUGUAUGGGAAUCAUAGGUUAUUUUGAGACCGUUGGUGUUGAGGAAUUUUUGCAUUGAUACUACGUGCACGUGGAGGAGGUCUAUUGUAUUAGUAGGAGCUGGUCUGAAAGAGAGAGCAAAGAAGAGGUUAUCGGAGUCGUAGAAAUAAUCGAAAUACAAUAAGAUAAAAGAAGAUGCGGAAACGAGAGCGAGAGAAUCCGUGUUUUGUAUGUGGGCAUUACCACAAGUUCGAAGACGGAGAGGUGUGUGGGAUCUGUGGCCAUCGCCUGCAAGAGGCGACAGAGAAAGGUCCCCAGCAAAGUGCAUUUUCCACUGAAAUUCUACCACAGUUCUUGUAUCUGGGUAGCUAUGACAAUGCAUCGCGUGCGGAGCUUCUGAAAACUCAAAACAUCACUCGGAUUCUGAAUACUGUUCCAACAUGCCAGAACCUUUACAAGAACUCUUUUACGUAUCAUUCGCUCAAGGAAGACAAGACUCUACCAUUUGUGGAAUGUCUAGAGUUUAUUGAACAAGCUAGGGUGGACAAAGCUCGCGUGUUGGUGCAUUGCAUGUCGGGGAAAAACAGAUCGCCUGCUGUAGUUAUCGCUUAUCUGAUGAAACACAAGCAGUGGAGACUACCACAAUCAUAUCAGUGGGUAAAAGAUCGAAGACCGUCUAUAAAUCUUACCGAAGCGGUUGCGCAACAACUGCAACAAUUCGAGAUUGAAGUGUUUGGGAACAAUGUGACCAGCACACCGAUAUACAAUACUCCUGCUGGCGUUACGUUUGGGUUUGGUUACUCAGCCCCUGUACUUGAGGCAAUAGUUCCAACAUUUACACCGCACCCAGUGGCCAACACCCUUGCUCGAGCCCCAGUGUUUGGUUCCGUUGGCGUGACCGUCCUCCCCAAGUCUAAUUUUGUGUUUGGAGCCAUCAGACAUGAACCAAAAGCAGCCAUGGAUCAGAGCAUGGACAGCUCUUGAUGCUUCUCUCUCCUAUUUUUUCGCGCGCGCGCAUUUCUGAACAGUCACAUUUCGUAUAGAUUGUAUGAUUUGAAAUGACAUUCAUUCGUUUCCGUGUAUCUCAAAGAUAUCGUCUAUUUCUGAAGGGAAUUGGUAGCUACCUGCUUAGUGAAGGGGCACGAGAUUAUGCCUGAGCUUUUGUCUUCUUUCCAAGGCACGUUCGGUGGCUUUUUCGGUGCCGAGGACUCGUGUAAGACCUUCACUUGACAUGAUAUGUUACCAUGUCUUCUUACAAGUUGAGGAAAUCCUUUGGUUA